UCGUGAGCAACUAGUAUGUUUAUAAAGUUUCAUUCUAUUUCAAAUGGAUAUUUUUAUUCAUUAUACGUUACAGUUUAUUUAUCCAAAUUCCAUCGUUUUCGUUUUUGACAAAAUUACUGUUUCUGUGUUUAAAGUUUUGCAAGAGUUUUUAGUUUCAUGGUAAAGCUUAAUGUGCGUUCGCGUAAUGCUUAAUGCCAUAAUCAAUUACGUAAUUACUUAUGCAUAGAUCUACGAUAUAAUAAUGCUGCUCAUUAGUGAAUCAGAUGUUAUGGUUUUGUUACACGCGGAUGGAUUGUCUUCUCUCGACAUUUAUAAACUUAGUCGCCGAAGGACAUAAUUUUGUUAUUGCUUGUUGCCUCAUUACACAAAUGUGAUAUCAGAAAUGAAUCUGCUAGUGGUAAGUGAUGUUGUCAAUUCAAUUUUUCCAUUUAUUCACUCAAAUUUAUUUAAAAAAAAAUUAUUUAUUUAGAAUUGUGAUUUUAUAUUUUCAUUUUCUUUCCGGCCAGCACGAGUGAAAGUUGUGUUCGAGUGUUAUUUAUUAUAUUAUAUUGAAUAAUGUACGAAAAAGUGGCAAUAUUUUGUCGCGUUGUACAAUUAUUAUUGAUAUGUGAAAGUGAUAAAAAGCAGACGCCAGGGCAUGAUAAAAUAUUAAUAGUGAUGUCUCUGAGUGAGUCGAUAACAUCGACGGAUGGCGUGAAACCAACUCGACCGAAGAUAAUAGACUUUAAAAUACAACGAGAUCCUGGCCUAUUAGAGUACAACUCUUAUUUCUUUGCUAAAGAUCCAGAAUUAACGACAACCACAGAGAAACGUGUUGUAUCCUUACUAGGACGGAAAGUUAAAAGUAGAGAUACGCAUUUUGAAAUGUAUCCAACGAAGAAAUUUAGAACAUUACCUUACGAAUCGACGAAUAAAGUUGUAAGAGAAAUACAUUUAAGACAUGCCAGUAAUCGACGUGCUAUUGUACAAUUUAAAGGGUAUACCUCAGUACCACAAAGCGAGAAAUUUAUCAUUCGAAGAAACGCCUGCCAUCACAACGAAAUGUUAAAACAACGAGACUUGGUACAGAAUUAUAUUAAAAAUAAUGAUUUCUCUGAUGAUGUUGAUAUCAAUACUGACAUAUCACCGAUAGAUACGCCAGCUGAGAUAAAAUUAUUCCUACCUAAGAAUAGAAAACAUAUAAAUACACAAAAUUUUUACAGUCACAAAACAAAUUUAAUAGACAGACCUAUUUAUUUCAAUCCGAAUCCUCGCGGUGAUAAUUCCGCUGAGACAGAAGAUCAGAAAGAAUUUAUCUUUGUUAAAAUACCUCGUAUCGAUUAUGAAAAUGUUGAUGAUAAAAAGAGUAAGAAAACAAUCAAAAAGAGUAUCUUUAAACAUUACAGGUUAUUCAAAAGAAAUGUUAUCGAAGAGGAACAUCAAGCGACAACCGCGACAAGCUUCAAGCCAUCCCUCGAUUCUGAACUAACAAGUAGUUUAGUUUUCAAUAAUAUUAACACCUAACAAAAUAUCCCAGAAU